UAUGUCAAUUAAUAAAUACAUUUUAAUGACCCUUUUUUAUGAACGCAGUUUGGCUGUAUAAUUUGGCACUGCACACUCUGGUACAGUGCACUAGGUGGCGGUAUGGACGUUGACUGGCUGCAGUCUGCCCGGAGCUAGCUGCUUAAGAAGAAGAAACACUUGCGCUGUAAUCACAACAUAGCAUGAGCGCAUGCUAUUGCAGUUUUUUCUUUUUCAUUAUUGCUUGAAUUUCAUUAUACGUUACUCUAAAAUGCCACCAAAGGGAAAAGGUGGCAAGGGUGGUAAAGGAGCUGCUUCAGGAAGUGCAGACGCUGACAAAAAAGAAAAGGCACCUAAGGGAGGCACUGCUGUGAAGGUCCGGCAUGUCCUCUGUGAAAAACAUGGAAAGUGCAUGGAGGCAAUGGAGAAACUGAAGGCUGGGGCCCGUUUCAGUGAAGUAGCGUCACAAUACAGUGAAGACAAAGCUAGACAAGGAGGUGAUCUGGGGUGGAUGACGCGAGGAUCGAUGGUUGGACCUUUCCAGGAUGCAGCGUUUGCCCUACCUGUCAGUUCUAUGGAUAAACCUGUCUACACAGACCCUCCUGUCAAGACAAAGUUUGGGUACCACAUCAUUAUGGUAGAGGGCAAAAAGUGACGUGGGACAGAUCAACGCUUGAAAUUAGGACACACAGAUUCUACAGUGUGCUAUAUUGUGAAACUGAUUAUUUCCUGAUCUCAGUGUUUCAAUGCAAUGUUUGCUUUAUAUAUUACAGAAUGUUUUCAGAAUAAGAAAAUUAAAUGAUCCUCAUGUGUCA